CGGUGCGGACGUGUCGGGGGGCGCAGUGAAAACCCAGAGCCGCGGCACCGAGCGGAGGAUCCGGAGGGGCGCGGGGCUAUGUGGAUGCCAAUGCUGGACUAGCAGAGCCCACGCUGAAAUGAUGUAUUGAGGAUCUUAUCUGAGACACUGUUGACUCCUGGGACCUUAUCUGAAAAUUCUUUGCACUGUUAGGCGAGGCAGAUUGUUUUCACUAUGGGGAGAAAAAAGAUCCAGAUCACCCGGAUCCUAGACGAGAGGAACCGACAGGUGACCUUCACAAAGAGGAAGUUUGGCCUGAUGAAGAAGGCCUAUGAGCUGAGUGUUCUGUGCGACUGCGAGAUCGCCCUCAUCAUUUUCAACAGCUCCAACAAGCUGUUCCAGUACGCCAGCACCGACAUGGACAAGGUGCUGCUCAAGUACACCGAGUACAACGAACCCCACGAGAGCAGAACCAACUCCGACAUCGUGGAGGCUUUGAACAAGAAGGAGCACAGAGGAGGGGACAGCCCUGACCCGGACGCCACCUACGUCCUCACGCCCCACACGGAGGAGAAAUAUAAGAAGAUCAACGAGGAGUUUGACAAUAUGAUGAGGAAUCAUAAACUUUCAACAGGUGUCCCCCAGCAGAACUUCAUGAAUGUGGCCCCACCAGGGGUCAAUCCCAACAGCUUCACCUACAGUCAUGGUGUAGGUGGAGGGACCUCCCAGGCUUUGGCUGCAGCCACGGCAGCUCUUGCUGAAAGUGGUAUCCUGUCCUCGCCACACGUGCACCUCCACAGGAGCAUGGCCUCGCCCCACCGCCCCCCGAGCACAGGAAACACAGGAGGCCUGCAGGGCAACGUCGAGCUGGUGCUGCCGAAUGGAUCCAGCUCUGGUCCUGGUCCCAUGGGAAAUGGUUUUGCGGCCAUGUCUGGCGACGGCAGCUUGGGGAAGGUCAUUCCAACCAAAUCUCCUCCUCCUCCUUCGCAGAGCAGCCUGACCCCUGGCAGCCGCAAGACAGACCUCAGAGUGCUCAUCCCUCCAUCCAGCAAAGGGAUGAUGCAGACACAGAAUACCCACAGGCUCGGCCGCAGUCUGUCCACCCAGCCUCUGACCACCCCAGUUGUGUCCGCCGCUACCCCCAGUCUGCCCCACCAGCCCCUGGUCUACAGUGGCAUCAACUCUGCCUACAGUAAUGACUACUCCCUGAACAGCCCUGACCUCUCUGCGCUCCACAGUUUCACCUCCCCUGCCAGCCUUCCUCCAGGCUCCACAUGGCAACACCACCAGCUGGGAGCGGCAGCCGGCGGCUCACUGGUGUCAGGGAGCGCCAACGCUGCCACAGCAAACCACAACCUCCACAUUAAAGCGGAGCCCAUCUCACCGCCCCGCGACCGCCUCAGCCAGUCUGGAUAUAUGACCCAGGCGCCUACCCCAACUCUCCCCCUCAACUCAUCCUCCUCCUCCUCCUCCUCAUGCUCCGCCAGGCCCGAGACGGGGAGGUCUCCUGCAGACAGCAUUAGCUCCUCCUGCAGCUCCUAUGAGGGGAGCGAUCGGGAGGAGCAGCGGCGGGACUUCCACUCCCCUCCGCUAGGGGGAAUCGCCAGACCCCAGACGGAAGCGGAGGGCAGGGAUAGCCCCACGGUCAAACGCCUGUGCAUGGACGGCUGGGUGACGUAGGAGAUGGCGGCCACUCCCGCUCGCGGAAACCCAACCACGUGAAUGCAACAAUCAGGUUCCAACACACAGCCAUGUUGGGGGACACACAGGAAGGACGUUAUUUUGCAAAUGAAGUGAUUAUUAAUAGAGCUGUUUUUAUUGCUACUAUCUUUUUUUUUUUGGUCAGAUUUUUGCAGAGAGUUGAGGAACUUUUGCUUUAGUCCCGCUAGAAUAGUUUUUAUUGACUUUAAAGUAAAUGUCUGAAGGACUUUUGAAGCUAUGAAAUGCAUCUGGGUAACAUAAAAAUGUCACUUCAUAGUCACAGACUAAUAUCGUGAUUAUAUCCACAGUUUGGUCUGGAACUUUUGUAUUUUACUUUGUAUAUCACACCGAGGACAGACUAUGAACAAGGCCUGAUAAUCCUAUGACAACGUGAUGUUGAUGGGAAGGUGUUGCAGUGGCGGCUGGUGCUAAAAACAUUUGGGGGGGGGGGCGCAAUUUACCUUGGCGCAGCACACCUGACAGCUGCUUUAAUGUCCACACAGUUACAGAGUUAUUAAGGACAAUGUAGCCUGUAGAUUUCACCGGGGUUUGUAGACAGUGGAUGAUUGACAGUCGAGGCAAGGCGUGGUGGUGGGUGUGAACAUGAUUGACAGCCAUGAGAAUUGUCCAAUCACAUUAGAGCAAAACACAUUAAAACAAUACCAAUUGACUGCCAAUAAAAGCGGGAGUGUCUGGGGCAGCACAGAACUGUGCCCCCUGGAAAAUCUGAAGAAACCAAUCAGACAGCAGCCUCAGGUCACCUGCUCGCCACAAGUUUGAGGGCUUACAUAAGGUAUGGUUUGGCCGGCGCCCCUCACCCAGGAAGUAUAUGUAUUCAGACAGAAAUCAACCAAAUACCAUGUAGAACCAGUAUUUAAUGGCUGCUGACAGACUGAAAAACACUUUAAUUUCAUAAUUAUCUGCAUUAUACAGCUAAAUAAUAUUCAACAUGUUUAAGUAGAUUGACAUCUCUUGAUAUUUGAAGGGGGCGGCGCCCCAGCGCCCUGUACUGGCCUGCCGCCACUGGACUUGCAAUAUUACUGGAUGUCCUGUGAAGAGAGUUAGCGCCAUCUGCAGGACAUCGUUCAACUCGGACGCCUGACAACAGAGAAAUGAGCCCACACUGCUCAUAUUCUCAGGGCUUUAAGAUUAUAAUGGGCUCAGCCUGAAAGCAAUACUCCCUCACCGUCAUCUCCAUCACCCUCCUUUGAUGAACACUUAUUUAUAUCAGUCAGAGCAGUAUGCUGUUUUAUAUGGCCAGUGUCUGUGUGGUUUUAUACGGUGUGCAAAAUGAGGCAACGUUUUCAUUCAACGAUAAUUUAAAAUUGAAAGCCGUGGACACUUUUUCUGUUUGUGUUGAUGAAGAUUAAAAAAAAAACAGAUUUGUGUUUGUAUAUAAUAACUUUAAAAUAUAUAAGAUUGUUGUUGCUUUAAAUUGUAAACUUUCUGAUGCUCAUUAUUAAACUUGCAUCAGCCUGAGUGAC